AUGGGUGGUAAACCUUUUCAGUCCACAGGAUGCGCUGCCUGCAGAAAACGGAAAGUCAAAUGUGAUGAGCAGAAGCCAAGUUGUCAAAAAUGUAUAAAACAUGGCAUUUCGUGUCCAGGCUAUGAGGGCACACGAAUAAUUUCUUAUGAUCAUGGGAAACAAGGGAAGACAUUUUCUUCCUCAAAACCAAACCUGUCCGGUCUGGCGCCACACCAACAUGUCUUUGUCGAUCCAAGUCAAAGCAUUCCUUCGGGGCCGUCCUCGCGAGCUCAAGUUACUUCAUCGUUCAUUGACCUCCAUUUUCCUGCAGAUGCGAAGCAUGAAGUUGCAGUGGACAUCUUUCACUUUUUGUUCACGAGUAUAGCAGCGCUGCCCAAGAAGACAUUGAUGCUUGACCAAGCCAUUUCCGCUAUCUCGUGUGUUUUUCUAGGAAAGCUGGAUAGCGACGCUCGCAUGCUGCAACAUGGCGUACAGCUUUACAGCAGCGCUAUCCGGCAUAUGUCACGUCACCUGGAACGAAAAAUUUACAGUGGUGAGCUGUUAUACGUUUCUGUGAUAUUUCAAGAGCUAGAGGCCAUAUACUGUCCCGAUGGCCUGGCGGCUUAUGUCACACAUGUGGCUGGAUUGAACUCUCUCAUUAAGCAGUAUCGUUAUCUGGUACUUGUAAAUCCUUUAACGGCCGCCAUUUACCACAAGCACCAAAAGCUAAAAGUGCUCCUCGUAGGCUACAUGGAGAUGUCCAAAGAGGAUUAUGGAUAUCUUUCUCAGCCCACCAAAAAUGAACCCUUCCUUGAAUUGAUACACAUACUCGCUGAUCUCUCCUUGUUGUGUCAAAAAAGUAGCGCCAUAUGUGUCUCUGAAUAUGGGGCCUGUCAGGGUCUGCUCUUGGCCUGCCUCAUUCAAAAAAAUAAGCAUGAAGCUUGGUAUGCUCGAUGGGAAGAGAAAAUUGGUGGGCGUCCAUCACUAUAUGACCAA